UAACGGCCAAAUCGGUACUUACAGAACCACUGCCAGGAUGUCGAGCGACACGCCGGAUCUUAGAUUCGGCAUAACGGACUUUGUGGUCUUCACCGUCAUGCUGAGCGCCUCGGCUGGGAUUGGUGUGUAUUUUGGGUUCUUCUCGAAGGCCAAGAAUACCACCGAGGAGUACCUACGCGGAGGCAAGAAGAUGCAGACCCUCCCCAUUGCCAUCUCUCUGGUGGCUAGUCAGCUAUCGGGCAUUGCCAUUAUGUCCAUUCCCGCCGAGAGCUACUCGUUUGGCUUCAACUACAUCUUCGUGGUGCUGGCGAUGGUGCCAGUCAUACCCAUUCUGAUCUACAUCAUUGUGCCCGUAUUCUACGAGAACAAUGUUUCCAAUUGCUACGAGUACCUGGAGAUGAGGUUUAAUAAGCGCACGCGUCAGUUGGUCACAAUGGCUUUUGUGUUGAAUUCGUUCCUCAUGCUCCCCGUCUACAUGUUCAUUCCGUCGCUGGCCUUUUCCCAGGUGACUGGAAUGAAUAUUCACCUGAUCAAUAUCAUGGUCUCCUCGAUCUGUAUCUUCUACACGAUGCUGGGCGGUAUCAAGGCGGUGGUGUGGACGGAUGUCGUCCAGGGUGGCGUGAUGCUGCUCUCAGUAGUUACUGUGGGUGUCAUGGGCACCGUCCGAUCGGGUGGCUUGUCCACUGUCCUGGAGAAUGCCGCUGAAGGUGGCCGAAUGGAUUUAGACUAUAGACUAGAUCCUCGGAUUCGUUUGUCUUUCUGGAGCGCGAUGACUGGUGGCAUAUUCAUGUGGACAGGCCAUAUCGGCCUCAAUCAGAGCUGUGUGCAGCGCAUCGUCUCCCUGCCCUCGUAUUCCCAUGCCAAAAAAUCUCUGAUUAUUGCGGGACUGGGAUUCAUUAUAAUCAGUUUGUUCAACACCUUUGCGGGAAUCAUUAUGUUUGCCCGCUACUACGGCUGUGAUCCCAUUCUGGCUGGUCUCGUCAGCAAACCGGACAAGAUGAUGCCAUUCUUUGUGCAGGACAUUAUGGGUCAUUUGGCCGGAAUGCCCGGCGUGUUCAUCUCCUGCGUCUUCAGUGCAGCCCUCAGCUCACUCUCGGCCACACUCAACUCUCUGGCCGGUGUCGUAUAUUUCGACUACAUCAAGCCCCACAUCCGACACACAGAUGCCCGUGCGAAUGGAAUCAUGAAACUGGUGAUCAUCGCUAUGGGCGGCUACUGCAUCCUGGGCGGUUUCAUAGUCCAGAACUUCAACUCGAUUCUGCAGACUGUUGUGACUAUCACUGGUGUCAACACGGGCGCCGUGGUGGGGGUAUUUCUGCUCGGGAUGUUUGUGCCACGGUGCAAUAGCAAGGUGGCAGUGUCCAGCAUUUUGAUCAGUGUGGUGGGCAUGGUGUGGAUCAUCGCUAACGGCCAGAUGAACUUCAAAGCGGGCCUCAUCAAGUACGAAGUGCUUCCCAACUCUCUUGACCAGUGCGAGGCCCGCGGUCUGCACACGAUCUUGGAUGCCAUUAACCAAACUGCCGUAAGCCCAAACACUCCGAAACUGCCAGGUCCUGCAGCUCCAGUCACAACUGCCUUUCACAGCAAUCGAGACUUUUCCCUCUACGACAUCUCCUUUUACUGGUACAAAGUCGUCGGUGCGCUGCUGGUCUUCUUCUGGGCAGUACCCAUGAGCUAUGUCUGGCCCCCGGACCCCAACGAAAAGCAGAAUCCUAAGCUAUACUCACCCUUUGUUCGAAAGUUCCUAAAUCUUUCGAAUUCCGAACAGGAAAUGGAGGAGGUGCCGCUGCGGAAAGCAACAGUCCGCGAGAUUCCUGAACUUCGAGUGGAUGCCAAAGAAAAGGAAACGGAAGUUGGACUUGAACACUAAUCCGUUUUAGGAAUUUAGUUAAUCGUAGGCUGAAAUAUAUGACGUAGAAGUAAUCCUAGAGAACAAAUGUACAGUGGGAAAGAAAAAUCUAUUAAUAAAAGAGAUAGUGCCUAUUCUAA